AUGCCAGUUUCUGCCAAGCCCAUCAACACCUUCACCGUCACAAUCAUGCUCACCUUCACCUUUUUCCUUCUCUUCUUCUCUGGCUUCCUCCAAUUCCCCUCCGCCUCCUCCUCUUUCCCUCCCAUCAACCGCCCCAUAACCCCGCAGGCCAACGACCCCUUCACCGAUCUGGUGGGGGCCUUCAGGAAAUGGGACUCGCAAGUGGGUUGCGCUCGCUUCAAAGAGAAGCCAAAUGGGGUUCCCUUAAACCAGUCAAAGUUGUCUUCUUUGCAGGAAAUUGGAAACUGUGAGGGGUUGAAACUGAACCAUGUUAGUGUCUUGGUUAAAGGGUGGACUUGGAUUCCUGAUAACUUAGAUAACUUGUAUUCGUGCUCUUGUGGGUUGAGCUGCUUGUGGACCAAAUCGCCUGUUCUCGCUGACAAGCCUGAUGCUUUGCUGUUUGAAACGUCCACGCCUCCGGCUCAGAGACGCAUUGGAGAACCUCUUCGUGUAUAUAUGGAUCUUGAAGCUGGGCGAAAGAGAUCAGGUCAAGAGGAUAUAUAUAUUAGUUAUCAUGCUGAGGAUGAUGUACAGUCAACCUAUGCUGGUGCACUCUUUCACAGUGGUCGAAACUAUCACGUAUCCAAUAAAAAAAACACAGAUAUACUUGUUUAUUGGUCUUCAUCGCGGUGCCUUUCUCAAAGGAAUGAACUUGCCAAGAAACUCCUUAGCUUACUACCGCAUCAUUCAUUUGGCAAGUGCCUAAAUAAUGUUGGUGGUCUAGACGCGGCUCUUUCUCUUUAUCCCGAAUGUGCAAAUGAUGUCAAUGUUACCCCAAAAUGGUGGGAUCAUUUACAUUGUGCCAUGUCUCACUACAAGUUUGUUCUUGCCAUUGAGAACCACUUUACUGAGAGUUAUGUAACAGAGAAGCUAUUCUACGCCUUAGACUCUGGUGCAGUUCCAAUCUAUUUUGGUGCACCUAAUGUCAUGGAUUUCGUUCCUCCACAUUCAAUCAUAGAUGGUAGAAAAUUCAACUCAUUGGAAGAGUUGGCCUCGUAUGUGAAGUCAGUUGCUAACGACCCAGUAGCCUAUGCAGAAUACCAUGCAUGGAGAAGGUGUGGUGUGCUGGGAAACUAUGGAAAAACCCGAGCCAUGAGCCUUGACACAUUGCCAUGCCGAUUGUGUGAGGCUGUUAGCAGAAGAGGUGGAAGAAAUGCAAGAAAGUAG